AUGCUGGAGAGUCAAUCCAGAAUUGUCAUCAGCGGUGGCGGUCAAGGCAUCGGACGAGCGAUAGCCCGUCACUUUGCAUCUCGCGGUCACAAGAUCUUCAUUCUCGACAUCAACGAAGAAGGGAUCCGACACACAGCCGAGGUGCAUCUGAAAGAGCACUCGGACCGGAUUGGAUGGUCGAAAUGCAAUCUGCGAAGCGUCGACGAAAUCCGCUCGACCAUCGAGAAGGCGGCCAAAUUUCUCGACAACCGGAUCGACUUCCUCAUCAACAAUGCUGGAAUCUCCUACCCCUACUGGCCCGACGGGAAGACCAUGGCGGAUCCUUCGGUGCUGGAACAAUGGCAGGCAUACGUUGAGACCAACCUGACGGGUCCCUUCGUCAUGUCCCAGGCCUGCAUUCCUUACAUGAAAGUCGAACAAAAGCAAGACAAACAGAAACUUCCCGACUCGAACGUUGGGACGGCAGGACCGUGCAUCAUCCAUGUUAGCAGCUUUCGGGCGAUGAUAUCGGAUCCCAACCAAGAAGGUUACGCUUCGACCAAAGCUGCCUUGCUAGGCCUUACUCAGAGCAUGGCAGUCUCUAUGCAGUCAUUCGGUAUUCGUGUGAACAUGGUCUCUCCAGGACGCAUCAAGGUGACCCACGAGAAUGAAGCAGCCGACAAAAAUGGUGAAGAAUGGGAACUUGAGGAAGACGACGUAUCCACCCAUCCCACCAACCGAGCCGGAAUGCCAGAAGAUAUCACUGAAGCAUGUGAAUAUCUCCUUGGUGCGGGUUUUGUGACCGGCCAGAACCUCAUCGUUGACGGCGGCGUCUCCAAGGUCAAGGGCAAGGCUUAG